AUGAAGAUGAGCUACAACCUGUCGUUUCUGAGUAGUCCUACGGGAUGUCGGCCUGGAGUCUGGCUAGCAUGGAGUCUCCGACUGCUGCUGUGGGCCCUGCUGUUGUCUGGCGACACAGGCCCGAGCUCGCAGGGCGGGGCGCACGCUAUGAAGGCCCACAUUCCAGGGGACAUCAUUCUCGGAGGACUUUUCCCUAUACACGUCAAGGGUGAACACGCUAAAUGUGGCGGUAUCAACAAGGACAGAGGCAUCCAGAGGUUGGAGGCCAUGUUGUUUGCCAUAGACAAAAUCAACUCCGAUCCGUCGCUUCUUGACGGUGUGAGACUGGGUGCCACGAUCCUGGACACAUGCUCCUCAGACUCGUAUGCCUUGAAUCAAAGUCUCGAGUUUAUCCGCGCCUCCAUCAACACCGCCGAUCCGCACAACUAUUACUGCGAAGGAGGCGGGAACCUCACAUUGAAACCAGAAGCUAGUGCGAUCAGCGGGGUGAUCGGUGGGUCCUAUAGUGAAGUGAGUUUACAGGUAGCCAACCUCCUGCGGCUGUUCAGAAUCCCCCAAAUAAGUCCAGCCUCCACCGGUACCGCGCUGUCGGAUAAAACAAGAUACGACUUUUUCGCGCGAACAGUUCCACCAGAUACAUUCCAGGCAUUAGCUAUGGUUGCUGUUGUACAAACAUUCAAUUGGUCCUACGUAAGUUUGGUGUAUUCCGAAGGACAAUAUGGGGAGUCGGGUCAGGAGCAAUUCACCAAAGAAGCGAGACACCACAACAUCUGCAUCGCAAUCAGUGAGAAGAUACCUCAUUCAGCCAGUGACCAUCAGUAUCUACAAGUUUUAACACGGCUCAAACACAAGCCCAACGCUAAGGGCGUCGUCUUGUUCGUGAGAGCAGAAGAUGCCGAAGGAAUUCUCAGGGCCGCCAAGGAAAUCAAACGCAGUUAUGAUGGAAGGCAAGUAAAAAAUGAUUUCGACUUUUAUUGGAUCGCCUCUGACGGUUGGGGUGCGCGAAAGCUCAAUGAAGACAUGCAAGAAGCGGCGGAAGGUGCCAUAACGAUAGAACUGGAAUCCCGACGGAUAGACGAAUUCGAUUCAUAUAUGCUCGGCCUCACUGUGGAAAAUAAUGACAGAAAUCCCUGGUUCCGAGACUACUGGGAAGCUGUCUUCGAAUGCAAAAUCCGAAACGACUCGUCACGGACGGAGAAAGACAAUUCCUCGUUGCCGACGUGUUCCCAAAAUCUCAACAUCAGCUCCACCAAGGACGGAUACAAGCAGGAGAACAAGGUACAAUUUGUGGUGGACGCAGUGUACGCCAUGGCUCACGCAAUUGAUGAUGUUCGAAAAAAGGUCUGCGAAGGGAGAAGAGGUAUUUGUCCAAAGCUCAAGGAACUCGAUGGAGGUCUCAUCUACCAAGCUCUACUCAACGUCACAUUUGUUGAUCUUGUUAAUUCGACCGUUCGAUUCGAUGAGAAAGGCGACGGUCAAGCCCCCUACAUUAUCUACAAUUAUCGACGAAGUAACGUCACCGGUGAAUUUCAUUAUGAACGUGUUGGAAAAUGGCUAGCGGUAGACGAAGGUCUUCAUCUCAAUGCUGAAGAGAUCCGUUUCGGGAGCAAGGAAACUCAUGAUAGGUUAAUACCGGUCUCAGUUUGUUCGGCGGAAUGUGGCGUGGGCGAAGUGAAAAAAGUCCAAGCUGGCGAUCAUUGCUGCUGGAUAUGCACACGCUGCGAGCCCCACGAAUAUGUCCUCAACGAAAGUACGUGUGCCGAUUGUGGUGAAUCCCGAUGGCCGCAUACGGACAAGAAGUCCUGUUUCGAUCUCGAACUGCAGUACAUGCAGUGGUCUAGCCUGUUCGCAAUUGUGCCCAUCGGGAUCGCCCUCGUAGGCAUCCUCCUGACUUGUGGAACGAUCGCCGUUUUCAUCCGCAACAACGAGACUCCAAUCGUCAAAGCUUCCGGACGCGAGCUCAGCUACAUGUUGCUGUCCGGACUUCUAAUAUGCUUUUUGAUGACGUUCGUACUGCUCCUGAAACCGACUCCUAUCAGCUGUGCCGCCCAAAGAUUUGGGGUCGGCCUAGGGUUUUCAAUCAUUUACGGAUCUUUGCUGACUAAAACCAACCGAAUCAGCCGGAUCUUCGACUCUGCCAGACGUUCCGCUCGCAGGCCUUCGUUCAUCUCACCAAAGAGCCAGAUGAUUAUCACCUGUUUGCUGAUAUCCGUGCAGGUGAUCGCGACAUUGAUUUGGUUUCUACUUGAACCGCCGGCAACUCGAACCGAAUAUCCGGAAGGACGCCGAAACCAAGUCAUUUUGAAGUGCAAGAUACGCGACUCAUCGUUCCUGGUCUCUCUUGUGUACAAUAUGUUUCUGAUUACGACUUGUACGGUAUACGCCAUAAAGACGCGCAAAAUUCCCGAGAACUUCAACGAAUCCAAGUUUAUCGGGUUCACCAUGUACACAACCUGUAUCAUAUGGCUAGCAUUCGUUCCACUUUAUUUCGGCACCGGGAACAACUUCCAGGUGCAAAUCACGACUCUCAGCGUGGCUAUCUCGCUGUCGGCGUACGUCGCCCUCUUCUGUCUGUUCUCGCCGAAAAUAUACAUCAUACUCUUCCAUCCAGACAAAAAUGUCCGAAAACUUACCAUGAACAGCGCAACGUACAAGAAAGCUCCAACGUCGUCCACGACGGGACACGCUCCCCAGAACAACCAGCCGCCCACGACAUGUACGACCGGGACGGCUGCGGAAUCCUGCGCAGAGACAGUGAAGCUCGUCGCUGUUCAAACGAUUAGCUCGCACACGGCAGGAGAAUGCGGCGCAGCGAGUGGUCUCGCGACGAUACCAUCACCUCCCGCCACUCAGCCGCCCACGAACGUGAUGGUCGACAUGACGCGCGGAAACAGCACCGAGAGUGUGAAAAGUCCGCCGGCGACUUCCAGCCCUCCAGAAGCUUCAGCCAGCACGAUUAAGGCCGUCGAUGACCGCGGAGGAGGGGACUGCGAAUCGCUGCAGAGUCUUUAG